CUGUUACAGCUACGUUGGACUCCUACAAGCGCAAGAUAACAAGAUAAGGUUGUCUGCGGGACUACCGCUUGGUGGCAAGGGCAAAUCUAAAAUCUUGAAUCUUCUUCUGCCCUCCCCUAUUCCCCAAACUAACUUCUUUUUUAAUAAAGAAGCUGAUCACUGCUACUGCUGUGGUUGGAUCAAAAGUACAACAUAAAGAAAAGAAAAUGUUAGGUGCGCUCACUGCUUCAAGUCUAACACUGGGUCUGGGUGGUGCGCCUGCUCCAUUCACCGCCCAAUCCGGCAAUGGUGGCGCUGCCAAAACCUUAGCGUUGCCCACCUCCAGCAACAACAAUCGCACUCAAUUGUUGAUUAAGAGCUCAUUCACUUCCACUUCCAGGACCACACCAUCCUUUAGGACAGCCGUUGCUGCAGUUGACUCCGACCAGCUCACUCCCGACCAGCAACAAGCCAAAAAAUACUAUUUUGUUGUUGCAAAUGCGAAGUUCAUGUUGGAUGAAGAGGAGCACUUCCAAGAGCUCUUGUUUGAGAGGCUGCGGAACUAUGGAGAACGCAAUAAAGAACAGGACUUCUGGCUUGUCAUCGAGCCCAAGUUCUUGGAAAAGUUCCAUGACAUUACAAAGAGGUUGCGCAGGCCCGCUGUCGCUCUGGUUUCAACUAAUGGUCCCUGGAUUACAUUUAUGAAGUUGAGGUUGGACAGAGUUUUAUCAGAUAGCUAUGAAGCUGACAGUCUUGAAGAAGCUUUAGCCUCCAAUCCUACCACUCUGGAGUUUGAGAAGCCAGAAAACUGGGUGGCACCCUAUCCAAAGUAUGAAUUUGGAUGGUGGGAGCCCUUCUUGCCAAAUGCAGUUAAAGAAUCUAAAGUAUAGCAUAAUUGGCUCUCGAUUUUUGUGUAGUUGGUUUUGUUUCCCUAACAGAUUAAGGAUUGUGAUUGUGAUUGCAUAUGAGUUGGUACUUUGUAGAGACAAUUCAAAAUUUAUAAUUGUGGAAGUAACUGCCAAGCUAA